UCGGCCAAGCUCCGCAAGCUGCCGCCGUUCCUCACCGUCUCCCUCCUGAGGUUCAACUUCGACUUGGAGAAGUGUGAGAGGUACAAGGACACGAGCUGCUACACCUUCCCCACCCAGAUAAACCUCAGGCCCUUCUGUGAGCAGACUGAAAUGGAUGAUUCAGAGUACAUGUAUGAGCUCUUCUCUGUUAUUAUACAUAAAGGUGGCUGCUAUGGAGGACACUAUCAUGUUUAUAUCAGAGAUGUGGAUGAAUUAGGAAACUGGCAAUUACAAGAAGAAGAGGACAGGCUGAUAGAAGAUAAGGCUUUAAGAGAUACUGAAAAUGCCAAAGAAACAGAAAAUCCCCUGGGGGUGUUGAAAGGGAUUUUGUCAGAGGAAGAAGGUAAACAAAUUCCUGUGGAUCAACUGGGGCAGAAAUUAUUGGAGAAAAAGGGGGUGUCUUGGAAUAAGAAAUACAGGAAGCAACACGGAGCACUACGGAAGUAUUUGCAGAACCAUCCUCAGGUAUUUCAGUUCAGUCCUGAUGAGAAUAAGGUUGGUCUGAAGGAAAAACACAAGCUCCCAUUUAAGCUGGAUCCUCAAGGAGAAGAUCUCCAAAGUCCUCCUCAGAAGAAUGGUGUCCAAUGGAACUCAGAGAAAACCCCUCCCCAGGACACUUCUGCUGGUUGCCAUUGGUUUGAUCUGAAUGAUUCCAAAGUCCAGCCCAUCAAGGAGAAGGAUAUUGAGAAGCAGUUUCAGGGUAAAGAGAGUGCCUACAUGCUGUUCUACCGCAGAGCUCAGCUGAAGAGGCCACCUGAAGCACGAGGAAAUCCAAGGUACCAAAUUCCUGAACACCUUCUGAAUGAGAUGAGUGCUGCUAAUGCUGAGCUGCAAAAGAAGAGGGCGGAGUGCGACUCGGCGAGCAACGGCAUCGACCUGCGCCUGCACCUCAGCUCCUGCUACACCUUCCACAAUGGGGCUCUGCAGCCUGCCCUGGCCUGCAAGGAGGGUGUCCUGGGCUUCACUGUGGACAGGAGGAAGACUCUGGGAGACCUUCGGCAGUUGCUCUUCCAGAUGCUGGAGUCUUGGGAAGGAGACAUGAUUCUCAGCAUUGCCAAGCCUUUACCUGCAGGACUUCAUCUUUACCAGAUACUUGAUGGAGAUGAGCUGACCCUGGAAGGCAUUGGGCUGGCUGAUGGAGCAGACAUCUUCGUGUGGAACGGGAAAGAGGUCGGUGGCAGCGCGGUGCUGACGGGCGCCGAGCACGAGCCCGUGGUGCUGAACGUCCUUCGGCUGGCGGAGCACAACGAGGGGGGCAGGGGCCAGCACUUCACAGAGUGCCAGCAGGUCCUCCCGGGCAGCACCAGGCUGGGGGAGCUGCGCAGGGCCCUGGCCCCCUCGGGGGGCAUCCUCCUCAGGAACCACUCGGGUGGAGGUGCCAAGAGCUGGGAGGUGUUCCGUGAGGAGGACAUGAAGGAGACCAUCAGAAGCGUCGGUCUGCAGGAUGGGUGCUCAGUCCUCAUCCUAGACAGCCACGACCAGAGCUUUGUGAACGUGUCGAGUGGCAAUUUGACUGCUUUUACCUAUGACAUCAGCUGGCUCCAAGUGAAAAACUUGUGUGGAACAGAGGAUGAAGAGAAACUUGUGAAAAUUACUGCCACUAUUGAAACGGUGAUGUCAGACAUCAAAAUGAAAGCAAUACGGGAGCUGCAGCUCAAGGAGGAGCUGG